UUGUGGCUUCCUAUUUACUGAAACUUCUUGAAACAGGUUCACAAACAAGACGUCGUUUUGUCGGCUGACAGCAAACGUUUGUGCUGGGAAGCGGGAGCUCAGUAGGAACAAGUUACAAGUCAGGAUGAAUGCAAUGCUGCGCACGAGCUGACGCCAAAUUGGUGUAUAGAAAUUAUAACUAUGAAAUUAUUCUAGCAUUGUUGUUGGUCAUUGUUUAUGUAAAGCAGGCGUGAAUUGUUUUUUAACAACUGUUUUAUUUUUUCGCCUUUUGAAUGCUUUUUUUACUUUCCGCGUGAGACUCAAAUAGUUAGAUAAAAAAAAUAACAACAACAAAGAAACAAAGAUGAAGUUUAACGGUUAUCUGAAGCUCCGGAUCGGUGAGGCGGUGGACCUGAAGCCGACAACCUUUUCCCUCCGCCACACUGUCAUCUUCAAUAAAGCUGCUCCAGCCCUGGACCCUUACAUUGUGGUGAAGGUGGACGACUACAAAAUUGGACAAACUCACACCAAACAGAAAACCAACAUGCCGACUUACAACGAGGAGUUCUGCCUCAACGUGAACGACGCGAAACAAAUCGAGCUGGCGGUUUUCCACGACACUCCAAUCGGAUAUGAUGACUUUGUGGCCAACUGCACCAUUCAGUUUGAGGACCUCAUCAAAUCCUCCAACACAGGAGAGAUUUUCGAGGGAUGGAUGGACUUGGAGCCAGAGGGCAAGGUCUACGUCCUUAUUACGCUUAAUGGAUCCUUCACUGAUGAUGAUGCCCUUGUUAAAGAGAAGAAGACCUACAAGCAGUUUACAAGGAAGCGGCAGGGGGCCGUGAGACGGAGGAUCCACCAGGUCAACGGACACAAGUUCAUGUCUACUUUUCUCCGCCAGCCCACCUUCUGUUUUCACUGCAAAGAGUUCAUCUGGGGUGUUUUUGGAAAGCAGGGUUACCAGUGCCAAGUGUGCACCUGUGUGGUUCACAAACGAUGCCACCAGCAUGUCGUCACAGUGUGCCCACGCAUGAAGAAGCCAGCAAAAGAACAGCAACCUGUAAACCAAGGCUUCAGCAUCAACGUCCCUCACAAGUUCAACAUCCACAACUACAAGUCGCCCACUUUCUGUGACCACUGUGGCUCACUGCUAUGGGGAAUAGUCAGGCAGGGGCUGCACUGUAAAAUCUGUAAAAUGAAUGUUCACAUUCGCUGCAAAGGCAACGUUGCGCCAAACUGUGGGGUCAACAGUGUGGAACUGGCCAAUAGGCUUGCAGAGAUGGGUCUGCAGGCUGGAGGGCUCACUAAACGCAACUCAAUGGCCAGAAGUCCAAGUCAGGUGAGUGCGCCCCCUGAAAGGAGACGGAGUACAGACUCUCAGCAGCAGACCCCUCGGCUGGGGAUUUCAGACUUCACGUUCCUUCAAGUGCUUGGGAAGGGCAGCUUUGGCAAGGUGAUGCUGGCGAAACUUAACAACAAAGAGCGGGUGUUUGCCGUGAAGGUCUUGAAAAAGGACAUCAUUUUGCAGGAUGACGAUGUGGAGUGUACCAUGACCGAGAAGAGGGUGCUGUCACUGGCUCGCUGUCACCCCUACCUCACACAGUUGUACUGCUGCUUCCAGACACUGGACCGUCUGUUCUUUGUGAUGGAAUUUGUGAAUGGGGGCGAUCUUAUGUUUCACAUCCAGAAGUCCAGGAAGUUUGAAGAGCCGAGAGCACGUUUCUACACGGCAGAGAUCACCUCCGCUCUCAUGUUCCUGCACAGCAAAGGCAUCAUCUACAGGGAUCUAAAAUUGGACAAUGUUCUUCUUGAUAAAGACGGACACUGUAAACUGGCAGAUUUUGGCAUGUGCAAAGAAGGCAUAUUUGAAGGUGCAGCCACAGGAACUUUCUGUGGGACCCCGGACUACAUUGCCCCCGAGAUCCUCCAGGAGAUGCUCUAUGGCCCCUCUGUGGAUUGGUGGGCUCUUGGGGUGCUACUGUAUGAGAUGCUGUCAGGACACGCCCCUUUUGAAGCCGAAAAUGAAGAUGACCUCUUUGAAUCCAUCCUCAAUGAAGAGAUUGUUUAUGCAUCUUGGCUCAGCACAGAAGCAGUGAAUAUACUCAAAGCUUUCUUGACCAAAAACCCGACCCGGCGUCUGGGCUGUGUGGCCUCAGAUGGCGGAGAGAACGCCGUGACCAGCCACGCGUUCUUCACAGACAUCGAUUGGGAGAAACUGAAUCGUAGAGCAAUAGAGCCACCUUUCAAGCCCAGGAUCAAAUCACCAGAGGACGUCAACAACUUUGACCCAGAUUUUACUCAGGAAGAACCCACCCUCACGCCCAUUGAUGACCCUAUGAUCCCGUCGAUCAACCAGGAGGAGUUUCGUAACUUCUCCUUCACUUCGCCUGAACUGCUGGAGAGCUAAGAGUCUCCACACUGAUCACCAGUCGUCCCGCACUUGUCUCACCCUUAUCAGUGUCUAUAGCUUUGUCUAAGACGGUUCAGAGCGACAUGUACAGUAUGACGCUGACACAUUCCCCACAGACAGGAGGGUGUAAAGCGCAGUGGGGUCAGCCAAGAACAUACUCAACAAGAACUGGGCCUGCACCUGAUGAACUCUUAACCACUCCUGUAAUUCCUGAGCAAGCACAGAGUCAUCAGCUUUUGAAAUGACAUGUAGUUUUAUUGCUUGAUUGGGACACAUUCGUGCAAGUGUCUGUGUAGAGUAUUUGACAUGUUCAUGUGUUUUAAACUUGUUUGACAAAGGUG